AUGCAAUCAUCAUCACGCGAUCAAAAACCUUCCCUCUUUCUUCAAAUCUUUCUUCUCGUCACUUAUUGGGAACCCUUCAUCUUUGAAUUACUCGUCGGACUCAUUUUCAUUGUAUUUCCUGAAAGCUCGUUAGUAUUGGGAACGUUUCUUCCAAAGCCAUUGGUCCAAUUUAUGAUUUCCAAUGAUCAUCGGGUCGCGUCAUCCAGUUCAUCCAUGAGUGGUUUAAUUGCUGGAGUGAGCAGUCCUGUCUUGAGAGAGAGUAUUCUGUUUACAUUACGAUUUGCAGGUGUCAUGAUUUUCUGUUUCGGAAUGCUUCAUUACUUGUUAAUUCGUGUGAACUUUAAUAUUCUUUCGAAUAAUAAUCAACAAGCUUUGGUGAGCUCUCAAUUUUUCCAUUGGACUGUGUUGGUGUUGGGAAUUGGUGACUUGCUGCAUGUUGGAGCUGUUUUGGUAUUCUUGAAUCAUUAUUUCAAAUUGGUUGGUCCAACAGACACAGGCGAUUCAUGGGAUGCUGUCUCCAAUAUUGCCAUUGCCAUAGUUUCAUCGAUUAUAUUGGUCUCGAUGAGAGUUUACUUUUUAUUGAAAUAUUCUUCAUUGAGAAGGUGA